AUGGCAAGAAAUGGCGAGAAGCGGCUAGAUGUCCGGCAAAACCUUCAGUUGGGUAACCAAUAUGAGGAACGUGAGAUCAUUGGCAAGGGAGCCUAUGGCAUCGUGUACCUAGCAACGCAUGUACAUACUGGAAAGGAGUACGCCCUUAAAAAAAUUGUGGUGAAAAUAACAGAGGAAGGAGUUCCGCAAAGUAUUAUCAGAGAAAUUUCAGCUUUGAAAAAACUUCACGAGAUUGGUCAUCCAAACAUCGUUAAGCUUCAUGAUGUUUUUCACUGUUCCAAUAAUGACAAUGAAAUGUGCCUGAGUGUCGUAUACGAGAAGUGCGACUGGGAUUUGUACGAAUUUUUGCGUGACAUCCCACGUGAUAUGGGCGACUUCCAGUGCAGGCAUUUUGCAAAACAGGCUAUUCAUAAACCUCUUUCUAUAGGUUUGUUCAAAGCUCAUCUUCGUUUCCAGAUUAUCAUGGGCCUUGAUUUUCUCCAUUCACAUCAUGUGAUCCAUCGGGAUUUGAAACCUCAGAACAUUCUGAUCAAUCGCAAUCAAACAGUCAAAAUUGCGGAUUUUGGUCUUUCACGCUUUUACUCGAUGCAUUCUUCUUUUACUACCUUGGUAGUCACGCUUUGGUAUCGCAGCCCUGAAGUGCUACUUCAGUGCUCAUAUAACAGUGGAGUGGAUAUUUGGGCAGCAGGAUGCAUAAUUGCAGAACUAUAUUCUAGGCAACCAUUAUUUCCUGCUCAGACAGAAGUACAGCAGCUGGAAACCAUCUUCCAGUAUGCAUUAACGACAUCUCUUAGACGCUCAUGUUUGUCUUUUAGGAAAUUGGGUACCCCGUCAGUUGCUGAAUGGCCACAACAUUCAGUUGUCGAACGCUCUUCUUUCACAACGUACCCACGGUUACCAUUUGAGAGGAUUGUUCCAAAACUCCCGUUUGACGCUGCUAAUUUAGUAAAGGUUGGUGGUAAUCUUAGGUUUUUUUACCCCUCAGGCUUUGGAAUUAUUGGAAUGGAAUAG